AUGGAAGACGAGGCCCAAGCGACGUUUUCUUCAGGAUCCGGUUCAGAGUUCACCGAAUACUGGAUAGACUGGUUCCUUGGAGUCAGAGGAAACGAAUACUUUUGUGACAUAGACAUCGAGUACGUGAAGGAUCGGUUCAACCUCACCGGACUGAACCAACAUGUGGACAGAUUGUCCUACUUAAUAGACGUGAUUACGGAUGCACACUCCAUUGACGAGAGCCAGCCGGAGGCCGUGAAGUUGAGAAUCGAGGAAAAUGCCAAAUAUCUUUACUCACUGAUACAUGCCCGUUAUAUUCUCACUCCCAGAGGAUUGGUUAAGAUGUCUGAGAAAUUCAAGAGCGGCGAUUUUGGAUACUGUCAGAGACAGUACUGCAAGUUGCAGGCUCUGCUGCCGGUGGGUAUAAGCGACGUUCCCAAAGUGUAUCCCGUGAAGUUAUACUGUCCAUCAUGCCAGGACCUUUACAAUCCCAAAUCUUCAAGACACCAUUCCAUUGAUGGUGCGUUUUUUGGUACCAGUUUCCCAGCCAUGUUUCUGCAGGCGUACCCAGAACUGGUUCCCACUCACAGCACACAGAUCUACAUCCCCAAAGUAUUUGGGUUCCAGCUCCACGAGCACGCCAAGCUCACGAGAUGGAGGGUGCAUCAACGCGAUAAAUAUGUCAAGAAUCUUUUGGAGAACAAUGUGAAUCUCAGCGGACCGGGCGGAUAUGUUGAAGACACCGACGAAAAGCCCACCGGUAAAAGGUGA